AUGAUUCGAGAGGUGCUGGUUGAUGGGGAACUGACCAACAUGAGGAUUCGAGAUGUGCUGGUUGACGGGGAACUGACCGACAUGAGGAUUGGAGAGGUGCUGGUUGAUGGGGAACUGACCGACAUAAGGAUUGGAGAGGUGCUGGUUGAUAGGGAACUGACCGACAUAAGGAUUCGAGAGGUGCUGGUUGAUGGGGAACUGACCGACAUAAGGAUUCGAGAGGUGCUGGUUGGUGGGGAACUGACCAACAUAAGGAUUGGAGAGGUGCUGGCUGAUGGGGAACUGACCAACAUAAGGAUUGGAGAGGUGCUGGUUGACGGGGAACUGACCAACAUAAGGAUUGGAGAGGUGCUGGUUGAUGGGGAACUGACCAACAUAAGGAUUCGAGAGGUGCUGGUUGAUGGGGAACUGACCGACAUAAGGAUUCGAGAGGUGCUGGUUGAUGGGAGAACAGUCAACAGUCCUUCAUUGGUCGUGUUCAAUACCAACAGUGGAGACCGGGGCACAUAUGUCUGUUUUGCCAGCAACCAAGUUGGAACAGGACAGAGUGCUCAGGUCUCCCUGUCGGUGACAGGAAGUAUCCCAGUUGUCACCAUUAGCCAUAACGCCUACUCAGUUGUUACCGGACAAACAGCCACACUGGGAUGUACAGUGUCUGCCACACCUACCCAUACCAAUGUUUUCUGGCAGCGUAUAGACAAUGGUGCAGCUUCCACACUGACGAUUGAUGGAACCAAAUACUCCGGAUCUACAGUCAGUAGUCCAUCCCUGACCAUCACUAGUGCUAAUAGCAAUGACAACACAGUUUAUACCUGUUCAGCUACAAAUGCUGUAGGAACCGGAACUAGUGGUCAGACCUCACUCACGGUAACAGGAAGUAUCCCAGUUGUCACCAUUAGCCAUAACGCCUACUCAGUUGUUACCGGACAAACAGUAACACUGGGAUGUACAGUGUCUGCCACACCUACCCAUACCAGAGUUUUCUGGCAGCGUAUAGACAAUGGUGUGGCUUCUACGCUGACCAUGGAUGGAACCAAAUACUCCGGCUCUACAGUCAAUAGUCCAUCCCUGACCAUCUCUGGUGCUAGUAGUAAUGACAGCACGGUUUACACCUGUUCAGCUACAAAUGCUGUAGGAACCGGAACUAGUGGUCAAUCCACACUAACAGUCACAGGAAGUCUACCAGUGGUAAGCAUUUUCCAGAACGCCUACACAGUAACCACAGGGUAUACAGUAACACUGGGAUGUAUAGUGUCUGCCACACCUACCCAUACCAAUGUUUUCUGGCAGCGUAUAGACAAUGGUGCAGCUUCCACACUGACGAUUGAUGGAACCAAAUACUCCGGAUCUACAGUCAGUAGUCCAUCCCUGACCAUCACUAGUGCUAAUAGCAAUGACAACACAGUUUAUACCUGUUCAGCUACAAAUGCUGUAGGAACCGGAACUAGUGGUCAGACCUCACUCACGGUAACAGGAAGUAUCCCUGUGGUAACUGUAGACCAGGCCCAAUACUCUGUAUUUACUGGACAGACUGUCAUUCUUGGCUGUACCGUGACGGCCACGCCAGGUCACACAACGGUGUUUUGGAGACGAACACUCAAUGGGGUCACCAAUAAUGUCGCCAUUGAUGGCAGCAAAUACCAAGGUGCUACAGUAAACAAUCCAGACCUCACAAUUACAAACGCUACUGCCAGUGAUCAGGCAACGUACUACUGUUAUGCCACCAAUAUCGUAGGAACCGGAGCCAGUACUACUACACUCACUGUUACAGGAAGUAAGGACCAAUUGCUUUUUCUUCCUGUGUUAGAAACGGUUCAAGCUCUCCAAGUUGGACCGUCGUUUGGUACUGUAUAUGUACAUUGA